UUUAAACUGAGUGACCGGAGAGUGACAGCACUUUCACUUUUUGGUCAGUUGCUGAGACUGCCUGUUGGGAGAAUUGACGUUUUUUCUUUCAUCGAUUCAUUCAAGAGAUGGUUAGAAAAGCAUCGAGAUCUGUUGGGAAGGGAGUAACAUAUGUGCAUGACCUUUGGCCUCAAACCUCAAACUUGGACUGCAACUGAGUGUAUGACCUUUACAUUUGUUAAAACCAUUUGGUAGUAAUAGCCUUUUGCGAUCUCAUUCAAAAGUGUAAACAAGUUCUCCGUGUUACUUGUCACACACGCUCACGAGUCUGUAAGGAUAAACCUGAGGUCAUCAUGAGUUGCGGUUUUCGAGAUGCAGAAUACAUCUUCAGGAAUAUUCCUGAUAAAGGGAUAUUUUCAACUCAGCUUCAUGAUUCUAAACAUUUUGGAGUUAAUACCACCUCAUCAGCGAUGAAAUCAGAAAAAGAGCGUCGUUAUGCUGCUGAGUCAUAUUGUCAAAUGUUGUUACAUGAGCUGGAAUCACGGGAAUUCUAUCUUCAAGAGUUGAAAAAUACACUUUUCAAACGUAUUGAAGAAGCUGAAUAUCAAAUGAAUAAACUUAUCUGUUUAAGAAAUGAAGAAACUGAAGAAGCUCAGAAAGCCAGCAAAAUGUUACGUUCCAGCAUAGCAAGAUUAAAGGAACGCUUUCAAAUUGAAAAGUCAGAAUUAGAAAAUAAGAUAUGCUCUAUUCAAGACACUUAUGAAGGUAGGAUCACAGAGCUGAAUAAUGUGUUGCAGCAAUCUGAAAAAACUCGUGAUAGUUUGUUCUCAAAACUGAAAACAUCAGAAUUUACAAUUCAAGAUCUUAACAAGGAAAUAGCAAAUAGUAGAAAAGAAUUAAGUGAUUCAAUGAAUCGUAUUGCUCAUCUUCAACAGGUGAAUUGCGAUCUAUCCAAUGAACUUGCUAAGUACAAAUUAACCGCCCAAAAAGCAUCAUCUCGUGCAGAGAAUUUAGCAAACCAAUACAAUGAAUUAAGAUGUAAGACUGAGCAAGCAAAUAGGAAUUCUGUUCAAAAUGAGAAAGCUGUACGCGUAGCAUCUGAAAGACGUUCUUCAGCUGAAAAUGCCUUAGCUGCUGCACAUCAACGAGCUGAUAACUUAUCUAUGCGCAAUACACAAUUAGAAAGAGAUUUGGCGACAAUAAAAGUUCGUGUUGAAGAACAAACAAAAUCGAAUGAAGUUGCAAUGGCCAAACUUAAACGACGCUUAAUGGCUAUACAUAGUGAAGCUUCUAAGUGGAAAAGAUCAUACCAAGAACAAAAAAAUAUUCGUGAUUUAGACUUACAGAAAUCGAACGAAGUGAUUCAAACUAUGCUAGAUGAGCGUCAAUAUUUACAGAGUGAGUUGACUUCAGCAAAGAAUAAUAUCAAAGAAAAUGUGCUAACCAUUGAACAUCUUAAAAGACAAGCUGCUUUAGAUGCAUCCAAUGCUUCAACACGUCUCUUAGCAGCUUUGACAACUGGGGAAGAGGGUGUUGCUACAGCAUUAGAAUUAAAACAAUGCAUUGAAUCACAACUUCAACCAGAAUUAGAAUCUAUUCGAUCACAGUGUAAAAGUUUAGAAUCUGAACUUAUGAAAUCUAAUGUUCGGUGUGAACAAUUACAAGAAAAUUUAACAAAAGCUUAUGAAACAAUUGAACAAACAAAAUUAACAGAAACUAAACAACGUGAUAAUUUUGACAAUGAAUUAAAUUUGUUAAGAGAACAAAUUCGAGAAGCAAAAGAACAAAUUAGUAUCAAAUCUAAAUUGUUAGAAAAAGCAGAAAAUCAGGCUGAACAGUAUAAAUCUGAAUUAAACAAUCUAUUUAUAUCCAUGGACAACAAACGUGCAUCCACUGAAUAUGAAUUGAAAAAUCUAACAAAACAAUUGGAUGAAUUGAAAUCAGUUCAUGAUAAUGUACAGAAACAGUUACACAAUAAUCAACGUACAAUCUCCAAGUUAAAAUUAGCACGAGAUACUGCAUUGAAUGGAUUAGGUAAAAUCCAAGUGGAAUUAAAAGAUACACGUGAUAAAUAUGAAAAACAAUUAAAACAGAAAUCAGAAGAAAUUGUAUAUAUUCAUCAAAAGUUGAAACAAGCUGAAGUUAAAUCACAAGAAGCCAAUAUUAAAUAUGAGAAUCUUUUAGAAGAAUCUAACAAUCAAUUAUCUUUAAAUCAAAAUAUUGUAAAACAAUUAGAAAAUACAAUGAAUGAUCAAAAUAUACAAAUAACAAAAUUUAAAGAAAUGGAAUUAAAAAUAACUGAAUUAAAAAAUUCACUUACAGAAUCAGAGAUUCGUUUACAAUCUGCUCAUAAUUCACAAGAAUUGAAUGAACAACGUUAUAAUGAAUUAGAGAAUCGAUUUCAUCAAUUACAAUUACAAUUGAAUGAACGUGAAAAUUUAUUAAAAGUUCUAGAAAAUGAAAUUCAAACAAAAACUUGUUUACAUAAUGAAAAAUGUGUAGAAUAUGAAGUAUUAAAGACACAAUUUGAUAAACAAAUUUCUAGUGCAAUGAAAACAGUGGAAUUUUCUACUGGACAACAAAAAGAAAUAGAAAUACAAAAACUUAAAAUUGAAGAACAAAAGAAUCAACUUCAACAGGAAUUAUUAGAAGUUCAAAGAAUGAACAGGCAACUACAAUCGGAUAUUCGAAAUUUAGAAAAUAAUUUAAUAGAACAGAAUUGUAGUCAAACUAAAAGUAUCUCUGAAUGUAAUGAAUUCAAAUAUCAGUUGAAAACAAUAACUGAACAGUUCAAUACACAGAGUAAGGAGUUGGAUGAUGUAAAACAAAAUAUUGAAUUGUUGAAUAAGGAGAAACAGUCACUCCUUCAACAAGUGGAGCAAGAAAAACAAAAAUAUGCACAAUUGGAGAAUGAAUUUUUCAAAGAAUCAAAUUCAUAUAAAGAGCUAAAUCGAACUCUGACUAGUCAAGUCUCAGAAUUGAAUACUAAAUUAUACAAUACAGAAAAAUUACUACAUGAAACAGAAUAUCGACUUGUUCAAGCUGACCAGAAGAUGAAAUUAGCUUGUCAAGAAUCUAAACGAUUGGCUAUUAAAGCAGCAACUGCUAAAACUUUCUCUCAGUUGACAGACUGUUCAUUAUGUCCUGAUGAAGUUAGUGAUAAGAUAUCAGAUUCUCUAAUUCAUCAAGACAGAAGUUGUGAUCUUGUUGUUGAUGAAGUUGUAGAUGAUAAAACAGUUAUACAAGGACAUAACAACUCUAAUACUACUUUUAAAUUGUUUCCUGAAAACAAAAAAUUCCCAACUUCAUGCCCAAAUGAUCACAAAAUACCAAAUUCUAAACGACUCUCUGUGAGUUUUGCACCGAUCCCGUUCAUUGAAACUUCGGAGAAUAUUAGACGACCUGUUGGAAUUUCAUUAGAUCCCGCUGGUGACUUGGAAGUUCUAAUUCGUCAGGUUACAGAUACAUUGGAUCGACAGGAAAAUGGUUGUACUCUCUUAUCUUAGACUUUGAUUUGUAGUUCUUUUUUUAUCAGUUUGAAUGAAUCAUUUAGUAAUGUUGUUCAUGGAAGUAUAACAUUACAGAAUACUUUGUAACUCUAAAAUAAAUUCCUUCACUUCUACCUAUUUAUGUCUUAUGACCAAUUUGUCAAAAGACAUCGCUGAACAAACAUUCUGUUUUACAUUCAGUAAUAAUAUACGAUUCGAUUUUGA